AUGAAAUUAAUUGCUAUAAUUCUAAUAAGCAUUUCUCUAAGGAUUUAUGUAGCUUUUGGAGGUUAUUCAGGAAUGAAUGAUCCACCAUAAUAUGGUGAUUUUGAAGCAUAAAGACAUUGGAUGGAGCUUACAACUAAUUUAAAUAUCACUUAAUGGUAUGAGAAAAGUGAAUUUAAUGAUCCAAAAUGGUGGCCAUUAGAUUAUCCUCCUUUGUCUGGAUAUUUUGCAUAUAUUUUAGGAAAAAUAGCUGAAAUAUUUGAUCCAGAUAUAAUUGCACCUUAUUCUUCAAGAGGUAUAGAAACAUUUAAUACUAAACUAUUCAUGAGAAUAAGUGUAUUUAUUUCAGAAUUAAUUUUUCUAUAUCCUCCUUUGAUAUAUUUUAUACUUAAACAAGAAUCAAAAUAAUAAUUGAUUGGAUUAUGUUGUCCAUUAUUGAUAUUAGUAGAUCAUGGACAUUUUCAAUAUAACUGCAUUAUGCUUGGAUUAACAUUAUAUGCAAUAAUAUGUUUGGAAAAAGGAAAAUUAGAAUUGGGUUCCAUAUUCUAUGUAAUGGCAUUACAUUUUAAAGUAAUGUCACUCUACUACUCAUUACCAUUUUUUAUAUAUAUCUUAUCAAAAACAUAUAAAGAACCAAAAAAGGUAGUUUAUGUAGGAAUGACUGUUAUUUUGACAAGUUUGAUAAUUUGGUUACCUUGGUUGUCUGAUUUGAAAUUAAUUUAAGAAGCAAUAGCUACAAUAUUUCCAAUACAUAGAGGUUUAUAUUAAUUACAUGUUGCAACAUUUUGGUGUAUUAGUCAUAUAAUGAUUAAAUGGAAUUUGAUAUUUAACAAUUAAUUGCUAUUUAGAUUAGCUGCAAUAUUAACAUUGUUAUUUUCUAUUCCUUCACUUAUUAGACUAUUUAAAUAACCAAACUUAUUUAGACAUACUUUAUUUAUAGUUUCUUAGACUUUCUUUUUGUUUUCUUUUCAUGUUCAUGAAAAAACUAUAUUAUUGCCUAUUAUUUUAUUAUUAAUAAGUUAGAAGGAUUAUGGAUAUUUAGUUUAUGAUUAUACAAUAAUUGCAACAAUUACUCAUCAUCCCUUAAUGAUUGAAGAUAAAUUAUUUAUUGAAUAUUGUGUUCUAUUAAUAUUAUUCUUUAUUUUUACAAGAAAUAAUUAAUCUCCAAAAUUUUAAGAUUCAUGGAUUUUAAAUUUAUAUUCUAAAAUAAGAAAUGUAAUUAUUUUAUUAUAUAAAUUAGAUUCCAAUUUUGUUAUAUAUAGUUAUUUUUAUUUGCUAAUAAAUAAUAAAACCUCCAUAGAGAUUUCCUUUUUUAUAUGAAUUAAGCAUAUAAGUUCUAGGUUUUAGUAUGUACACAUUUAUGUAUAUAAUAUCCCAUUAAUAAAUUAAGAAUGUCAAAAAUGAUUGA